AUGUCGCUUUCUAUAGCAUACUCCUCUGACGAGGAGGAUGUAGGAUCCAUUUCCAAGGAUGCUUUUGGCCUAUCUUCUCUCCCAAGCGCAAAGAAGUUGCGCGUUGAGGAAGGACCGGCCCAGUCUGCCCCGAGGGAUGCUGCCCCACAUGUUCUAGCAGAGGAUCCUCUAAACAUGACUUCUUUGGUUACUCGGCCGAGUGAUACGCAAAUGAAUGUGAAUAUCCCAUACAAGGAUUUGACUCUUCCAAUCCAAGGACCAGAGAAUCCUUUUGGAGACAGAGGACGAUUCAUGAACCAAAAUGCCCUUGCUGGACAUGUGGAAGAGCAGUCCAUGUCAGAGCAUGCGUUUCGUGCCCAACAUCUCACCCAUUCCAUUUUGGGCUACUCUGCCAAUCCUUCCAUUGAUCCAAACGCGCCCGCUGUCUUGGGCUCCCUGGAAAACGCAAAAGCUAAUAAUUUUUCAACCAUUGAUACUCUUCGCGCUACAAGAGACCAAAAGCGAGAGCUCAAACGGAAAAGAAAGCAGAAAGGCGACUUGUCCGUCGUUGAUGGUGAGGGCGCUUAUGUUGGACCUUGGGCUACGUGGGAGGGAGAGGAGCCACAACAACAUUUCCUGUCUGGAUUGGAAGGCACUGGUGAAGAUGAUGAUGAGGCGGAAGAGGAAGAAGAGCCAGAACCUCAAUUUGUUGGCAAAAAGCCAAAGCCAAAACGCGGAGAAGGCCAAGAAACCUCUGUUUUCCAUGGCAAAUCUAUGACAGAUUACCAAGGCCGGACUUAUAUGUCACCGCCUGUUGCUGAAGCACCAAACCUGCUUCAGGAAGCUGGCUCACAGGAUUGUUUCAUUCCAAAAGUUUGCAUACAUACCUGGACUGGACAUACCCAGGGAGUCUCAGUUAUUCGCACUUUCCCCGAAACAGGACAUCUAUUAUUGAGUGGAUCUAUGGACACAAAAAUCAAACUUUGGGACGUCUAUACCCACGGAAAUUGUUUGAGAACAUUCCAUGGUCAUACUAAAGCGGUCAAGGAUGUUUCUUUUUCAAACGAUGGGCGGCAAUUUUUGUCAUGUGGUUAUGAUCGCCAAAUGAAACUGUGGGAUACAGAAACUGGCCAGUGCUUGAAGCGGUUUAGCAAUGGUAAAAUACCAUAUGUUAUCCGCUUUCACCCCGAUGAAGAUAAACAGAAUAUCUUCCUCGCCGGUAUGUCCGACAAGAAAAUCAUUCAGUAUGAUAUGAAUUCAGGCGAAAUAACACAAGAAUACGACCAACAUCUUGGACCUGUAAACACCAUCACUUUUGUUGACGAAAAUCGACGCUUUGUGACGACAUCUGACGACAAAACGAUCCGUGCAUGGGAUUUCGAUAUCCCAGUCGUCAUCAAAUAUAUUGCCGAACCUCACAUGCAUUCCAUGCCAGCCGUCACUCUUCAUCCAUCGAAGAAAUAUUUCGCCGCACAGUCUCUUGACAAUCAGAUACUGAUUUACAGUACGGAUAACUUCCGGCAGAAUCGCAAGAAGCGUUUCGCUGGUCAUUCAGUUGCUGGCUAUGCGUGUCAGGUCGGAUUCUCUCCGGAUGGAAAAUGGAUCAGUAGUGGAGAUGGCGAAGGCAAUGUUGUAUUUUGGGAUUGGAAAACAGGGCGCAUUAAAUCCCGACUAAAAGCCCAUUCCAAAGUUGUCAUCGCCCAUGAAUGGCUACCUCACGAAAGUUCCAAAGUGAUAACGGCGUCAUGGGAUGGCCUCAUCAAGCUUUGGGACUGA